UCCGCACAGUCACAGUGUACAUGCAGCCAGCCUGUCAACUGUAGGACCUGUUACAAAAUGGCUAAACAAAAAGACAAAAGACGAGAGAAAAUCAGCGUCGCCACUGAGAUUGACCGUUUGGAGGAGCGGAGGGCACGUUGCCAGGACAACUUGGAGAGGGCAGAGUUCAGGAGCAGAAAGGAGAAGCUCUCUGAGAAGGAGAGGCAAGAACUGGAAGAUGAAAUGGUAAUCCUGAAUGAAAGGGUGCAAAAGCUAGACAAGGAGCUGGUGAUGUUAAGAGGAGAGAAUCGCAAGAACAUGCUACUGUCAGUCGCUCUGCUUGCUAUCAGCGCUCUUUUCUACUAUGUCUUCCUCUACAAUGAAGAGGAAUCAUGAUACCACACAAUAUCUUAAAGGGACCUACCACUCAAAGAGUGACAAACCUGCAGACACAUGAAAAAGAACUGAGCUGUGUUGGUGAAAUACCUCAGUUCUGCCUCCAGAUGGCAUCAUUUCCUUUUGGUUCCAUCUCAUCUGGUCAUCAAACUGUUUUUAUCCUGCACAGUCCAAAACCCCACCACAGCUUCCACAACUGUGAAAUUGGUGUUUUGACCAUAUUUGAAUACUUAAUAAUGGCCUUCUGCGUUGAUCAGUAUACUCUGUCAGUGUACAUAAAUAUGUGUUACUUCUCUUUAGUUUAGUUUUUUUCUGUCACUUUUGAAAGUACAAUUAUUUUGCAAAUCUCAAUACAAGCUGGAACUUGGUAGUAUGACAUAGUCACUACACAUAUUAUGUGAACAGAAAAAAAAGACAAAAAAGGCUGUUGGCUAUUUCACCAGCAUUUUUGACACUGUUUGGAUAGUUAUACCUGGCUAUCAGGUGACAAUAUUGAAUAUUCAUCAGUGUGUGACUUGUCUGUUGUCCCAUGAUAGUCUCAACCCAUGUGCUGGACAUCUGCACACUACUGCAGGUGACUAGGAUUGUACCACCUGUAAACCAUCAGUUGUGUUAUAUUAAGGUAACGCAAGACAGCACCUUUAGUUUUUUUCUCAGUUUACGUAUAGUCACAUUUUUAUUUUCAUUGCUGUGUAAACGACCUUACUGUUUAUCAUGAUAUUCAACAUGAAGAAGUACUGUAUUUACAGACAGUUGUCACGUAAACAAUCAGUAAACUACAAAGUUUGCCUCAUGCCACAAAUAAACCAAUGUAAUAUUGCUAUAUUUUAUAUAAUACAUUGAAUAGAUUCUUUGUGCCAAUCAAGACUGCUUUUCAGUGUCAUAGGCUAUAAAUGAAUAUCCUAUAGAUAAUAGUGCAUGGUCCACAUACUGUACAUGCACAUGUCAGACAGUGAAAUGGAUGGAAAUGCUGCAAUAAGGGGAAUUAAGGCAUUUACAGAGGACCUGAAGAAUGUAUUUAAUGGCACAGUAUUGCAGCCAUUCAUCCAUCUCUUAAUAAGAGCUUAAAGAUGCCAAACAUGUUCACAAAUGUCUUUUUUUUAAUACACUUAAGAAAAAAGGGUAUGAGAAGUGGGUUUGUUCUUCAUAAUUGUUCUGUUUAUCUGUUUGUUGGUCUUAUAUGUGUUUUUUUCAUGAACAUAUUAAAAACUUUAUAUCAAUUUUGGAAGCAAAUUGUUUUCUUCUACCUGAAGAUCAUAGGUUUAUUAUCUGCAGUGCACUUUAAAAACACAGCAUUUAUUUUAUAUAUAAAAUGUAGAGUUCAUUACAUGACUCACAACUUUAAUAGAGGCCCAAAUUUGGAAUAAUUGGAUGUUAUUUUGGAAUGAAACUCGUGGUUCUUCUUAAAAACAUCAAACUGGACCAACAAAUGAUGCAACAGAAAAUUAUCCAUGGUAAGGGACAACACUGUUUUAUGUGAUUUCAGUGGGUGAGAAAAGUUUAUUGAGAAGUUUAUUGUUCAACACCGGAGGUUAGUGUGGCACUAGAGGGUAGUCCCCGUCUAGUCCGCUCACACACACAUUAUUGUGAGACACUCCUCUAAAACUCUGGCUUGUCAGUCAAAAAACAAAAAUUCUUUUAAGUCAGUUUCCAGCUGAAAGUAUGAAUGUGCAUAAGGGGUUGAAAAAUGCAUGAAAAGUUGUAAUGGAAUGGAGUUUCUAUAUUGAAGCAUCUAGGAGGAGAUACAAAUCCAAAAACUGGAAUAAUAAAGAAAUUUUGAACAUGAGAAGAACACAGUGGGGUUGCUUUCACAGCAAUCAUUGUUUGUGUGCCUUCCCUCCUACACACACUAUUAUCACCAACACAGUGCGCAUCACGCCUACACACACUCAUUCUCUCAUCCCCAGACAAAACAAAUGUAAACAAGCCCAUUAUGCAACAAUUCUGUGGGAUUUAAAUGCUGAUU